AUGACCAGUCAGACAUUAAGAGAAUUGUUGCAGGAAAUUGGGUCAUCUUAUCUUAUCAAUUUAUUUUGUAGUAAACAUUUCCUUGUCGGCAUCGAAAAAAAACAAAUAAUAAAAGGGAUAAGUGGAGAAUUUCGAUCUGGAGAAUUAACGGCCGUAAUGGGUCCCUCUGGAGCAGGAAAAUCUUCUCUUUUAAAUAUUCUUACAGGCUACCAGUUAAAAGGAAUGAAGGGUUGCAUAUAUUUGAAUGGAGUAGAACGACAAUCAAAUGGACGAGAUUUUAAAAAAGAUAUAUGCUACAUAAUGCAAGAUGAUCAAUUGUUACCAAUCUUUACUGUUAUGGAAACUAUGAUGAUGGCUGCUGAUUUAAAGUUAGGCCGAAGCAUAUCUGAAAAAGCAAAAUUAAUUCUUAUUGACAACAUUCUUCAAUCGUUGGGCCUGUUUUCAUCUGAACAAACCAAGUGUCAUCUUCUCUCAGGAGGUCAAAGAAAAAGAUUAUCCGUUGCACUUGAAUUGAUAGAUAAUCCUCCAGUUAUGUUUUUGGACGAACCGACCACAGGGCUUGACAGUUCGUCAUCUUUGCAAUGCAUCAAAGCAUUAAAAGCUUUGGCGAAAGGUGGCCGAACGAUUGUUUGCACUAUUCAUCAACCCAGCGCUUCUAUUUAUGAAAUGUUCGAUCACGUUUACGUACUCGCCGAGGGACAUUGCGUGUACCAAGGUUCAAGUCAUAAUACUGUACCAUAUCUUCUAAGUGUAGGACUGACGUGCCCGCAAUAUCACAAUCCGGCAGAUUUCAUUUCAGAAGUUGUUAACUGUGAAUAUGGGAAUUUUACUCAACAACUGGCACUAACAGCGCAAGAUUCACGUUGGAGGUCAGUAACAUUAAAAACAGAAGAUGGUGUUAUGACGCCGAGAGUUCAUGAUGAAAAAACAACAACAAAUUUUGUACGUCCUCCUUCAGAAAUAUUUCGGUUCUACGUACUUUUAUAUAGAAAUAUAAUUAAGCUACAUCGAGACUGGACUGUGAUUCAUUUGAAAAUAUUACUACAUUUUCUUGUUGGUAUUUUACUCGGUCUUAAUUACCAAGGCUGUGGAAAUGACGGUAGCAAAUCUUUUGAAAAUUUGACUUUUUUAUUUUUUUCUGUUACUUAUAUAUCAUUUACUUCUAUGAUGCCAGCCAUUCUCACUUUUCCGUUAGAGCUGUCGGUAUUAAAAAAAGAAAAUUUUAAUAACUGGUACACGUUGAAAACUUAUUAUUCUGCAUUCAUCGUUACAAGUACGCCAGUACAGUUUUUACUAUGUUUGGCUUAUGCAUGUCCUUCCUACUAUUUAUCAAACCAACCGUUGGAUUUGGCGCGAUUCGGUAUGUUUUUAGGAGUUUGUUUGUUGGUAAGCUUGACAGCUGAAGGUUUAGGAUUGUAUUUAGGAACAUUAGAAAAUUCUGUCAACGCUUUGUUUUUUGGUUCAGUUUUUACUGCAUUUCUUCUUUUGUACAGCGGUUGCUUGUGUCUUUUCCCACAAAUGCCGGCCUAUUUAAAAGUGUUUUCCUAUCUUUCAUAUAAUCGCUACGCUUAUGAAGGACUAAUUCUUUCUGUUUACGGUUACGAUAGACAAGCUCUUCCAUGUCCGGAUGAUGUAAUUUAUUGUCAUUUACGAUUUCCGGAUAAAAUUAUGGAUGAAAUGGGAGUUUCAGAUGGUAGAUUUUGGAUUAAUUUUUUAGCUCUUUUGGGUAUAUUAUUUUUCUUCAGAACUGCUUCAUUUAUUGCCCUAAGGUAUAAAGUGGCUUAUGGUAAAAUGUGA